ACCUGUUUGUCAGGUAGGAGUCAACCUCCAGUCACAAGGAGCAGCAGAGAGUCUGAGUCAUGUCAGGACCGACUAUGGACUCUGCCGUAGCCAAGUUCUGACUCUUUUUUUUUUCUGUUUUCUAUCGUCACACGAGUGAAGCUGUUUUCCCACAUUAAAAUGCGUCGAUUAUGUGGAGGGAUUGUUGCUGUGGACGGCGUGUCGUCGUCGUCGUCGCCGCCGCUGCUGCUGCUAUUCUGUGUGCUCGGGUGUUUGGUGCCUUGCCUGGUCUCCUCCAUCACAGUGAGUUCACCAGCAGAACUGCAUGCAUCUAAAGGGGACACUGUCGAAUUGUCCUGCACUUUCACUUCUACCAGUAGGCCAACCAGUAAGAUGACGGUCGACUGGUCCUACAGGCCCCAGAGUGGAGGGCCACCACAGACAUUUUUCCAUUUCUCUUCACGGGCGUUCCUCCCACCUGAUGGUCAGUUUGCUGGUCGUAUUCAAUGGCAGGGGAGUCCUGCACGCGGCGAAGCCUCCAUUUCUCUGGUCAAUGCCACACUGAACGAUAACGGGACCUUCACGUGCUCAGUCAGAAACCCUCCCGAUGUCCACGGGUCCCCGACUUCGCACACUGUACUGACUGUCACACCAAAAGCCGCCAGUGUCCGCUUCUCCGAUGUCACCGUGCUCCUCUUCUUCAUCAUCGUGCCUUCUGUUGUCAUCACCCUCAUUCUGAUUGGACGGAUAAUCUGUCCCAAGAAAGAGCGCGGCCAAUCGAAGGCCUACAGAUCACCCAUAGAGGUCACGGAGGGGGAGGAGUACGCCGUCACCCCCUCAGUGGCUCAAGCGAAGAAGCUGACAUGCUGCGACCUAUAUUUUAUGGACUCGGAGGAUGAAGAAGCGUAUUACAACCUAAAGAAGAGACCUCCCAUAGAUGAAGGCUAUGCCGAGUCUCAGUGCUAGAGAACCCCUUUUGGACCUACUUGUGCUUUUCAAAACACGUGAGGUCAAGAAUGUAAAUCCAAAUGCUGGAGUCAUGUCUUCUGUGCCACGGUCAAACAGUCACCCAGUUACGUCGGUGAUGUUUACUUUGUUGACCCUCCAUGUUCGUUCGCAUGCUCCUAAAUUUCUGAAGGCUUCUGAUUAACCAGUACCUCAGUACCAGCAGAGGUAUUAACUCCUCAGUGUGAGAGCUUUUGGUUUUGAUUUAUUUGAAGUUAUUUGUUUUUUUGUGCCUGUCCAGCAUAAUCGGGUGUAAACCGACCCACAACAGGCAAACGCAAAGACCUCGUUCAGUCCUGGUAUUAACAUCUGUCCUCAAGGACCCAAUCAUGGCCAAAGUACAGGUCUUGAAUGAGGUCCUGAUGAGUCCUGAAUGCAACCUCAGAUUCGUGGUUUGAGGAUGCAUUUGUCCACAUUUCUGCGCGUGUAAAAACGCGAUGCGUCCUCAGGACAAACUAGUUAUGCCUCUAAUUAGCCCUGAUACAUUUGUUUAUUUGCAGGCACCACAACAAUGUUAUCUCUGAACACCACAUUUUUUAAAUAGUUACAAUUUCUUUAGUGCAAGGAGAUCUACUAAAGCUCCUCUCAUCUCACUCUCCCUUUGUCAGACACACACACAAACACAGAAUAAUGUGCUGACAGUCAGACUUGUUAGAAAACAUUAUUUUCGUCUCGCAAACAGUCAUCACGUUGGCGUGUGUUUGAAUAUUACAUAAUACAGGAGACACAUCCAGGACCCAUUUCGCUAUCUGGUCGCAAUGUGAUCACUGAUGUUAAUCCCAGGCCUGAACAGGGCCAAGCGCAAAAGCACUAUGUAUAUUUUUUAUACAUCUUGGAUGAUUUAAAAUGUUUGACUUUGUUGUUGUGAAGGAGAUAAGAUUUUGUUAGGUCUAAUUUAUUGCCUGUGUAAAAGUGUGGCUGAAUGAAAUCUCUUUGUUGAGCUGCAGUGUAUUGUUGCUGUUCCAUUCUAAAUAUUUUGUAAAAAAUCAAUUGUUUAAUGUGGAGCAUUAGCUUUAAUCAUGUAAUAAUAUUUAUACAUAACUGUACAUAACAGUAUACGUUAAAUAUGUCUAUUCUUAUAUUACAAUAUAAUAUAGCAGUAGUAAAUAUGUGAGUAUUUUGGAUACAUAUCUGGUUUGUGUUUUUUUAGAAACGUAAAUAAAUAGUUAUUAAUAAGCA